AUGAGUGAGAUCAGUGAGAAGCUGAAAGGAUUGAAGUUUAUGCAAAAUACACAGAAAAAAAAGAGUGACGAACGCGAGGUUUCUUUUUCAACACACUUUUGCAAGGGAGGAGUCUUGAGCUAUAAUGGGAGCAAGCAGAAGAUGAAUGAUGCAGAAGGGCCGAAGAAGCCCAAGAAUCAUUGA